UAUCCUUGGCUUGCGUAUAAGGAUUUGAGUAUCUUUGAUUUUGUUUAAUGUAGAGCGUGGCAAACGAUGGCGUUUGUUUUGAAGUGGGAUGCAGUUGUCGAUACACUGGUGAAGAGGAAUAGCAGUCUGUUGAAUUUUGGCUUUGCAAGAUUCGCUUCAAAGAAAACCGGAAGCAGCACGAAGAACAAAAAGGGCCAUCCUCGUCCUAAACACAGGGGCUGGAGGGUCCAGGAUGGAUGUUUUGUUCAGAAAGGUACUAUUCUGGCAACUCAAUUGACAACACGAUUUCACCCUGGUCUUCAUGUUGGCUUUGGAAGAAAUGGUACCCUUUAUGCCUUGGAACCUGGCAAAGUAGUUAUCACAUGUGAAAAAACACAACCAAAUUGGGAGCAUUCAUGGAUUCAGAGAAAUUAUGUUGGGAGACAGGGUCAGAUCAUAUACAAAAAGUUUUUUAAUGUGUUACCAGUUCCUCAAGAAGGGCGUUUUAGGCUUAUCGAUACCAUAUAGGAUAUGGUGUUCAAAUAUAGUUAUAUGACUGUAAAUUAUUGUUACAGGCAGAUUAUUAGACUUGUAUGUGUUAUUAUAAAUUAGAUUUGUAUCUGUUGUACAAAUGUUAUUGUAAAUGUUUUCUUCUAUAACUUGGAUUCUAAACUAUUGUUGCUCUGAGGUGUAUUACGUUUCUUGCAAUUACGUCAAAAACAAAUGCAGCAGGUUGACAUUUGACUGAAUUUCAAGGGAUUGAAAAAUAGUCAGUUCAGUGUAAUAAAGUCUGAAUUAGAGUUUUUUUGUAAAAAUA